AUGGUUCUUGAUGACUUUUGGAAGCAAGCUUGCGAGAAUGGGAAUAUUGCCGGAGCCUUGUCCAAGCGUUGGAAUAGUGCCCCUGCCGGAGUCGCGGCGUUCAAGGCAGUCUACCAGGGGGCAACAGACCUCGCAAUGGCUAUUCCCAACAUCAAGAUUCCCUUCAAUGGCCAUUACGAAGAGCUUGAGAAGAUCAUCACUCAUCUCCGGGACAAUCGUUGGGAUGGUUCCAUUAACGCCCGAUACUACAAGGCCGGGAAAAUUCCCUAUGACGAGGGCAAGUUUGGGGUUCUUGCAGCUGCUACACUCGCUGCUCUUCAAGCAUUCGCUCCUGCUAGCCCUUUGGCUCAAAGCCCCGCUUUAAAGCGUGUUGCUGAUAAUGCGCCCAUCGCCGGUGGUGUUCUUGCUCGUGCGAUCUCGACUGUAGCUACUUCUGAGGCUUGGAGAAGAAGGAUGUACGUCUUUGAUGGAGUGAUGCAACGCCUGGAGGAUCAUAUUCGCGACCAUAUUCGCGACACGAGAGAGGCGGACGCCCUGGCUUCGCUCAAGAAGGAAGGGCUGAAUCGGCAUGGCUGGAGUGGUGAUGGGUUGGCGGCGGCUCGGGCUUCGCUGGUCAGAGACAACCGUUGGGCAAGGAAGAACUGUCGUGCUUUUCGUUUGAGGUCUUUUGAGACGGGGAAUGAGAAGAAGGAAAAGAAAGAGAAGAAAGAGAAGAAGGAGAAGAAGGAGAAGAAGGUGAAGAAGGUGAAGACGGAGGAGGAGGAGGUGAUCUCGGUGCAUUCGCACUCGACGGCCCCAUACCUCACCCUUAGGAGAAGGAGGAAGAAGAGGACGAAGCCCUCGCCUUCCUCCUCAAACUCCUCCUCUUCGCCGCCCAAGACAUCCCCCACCACCACCAACGCUGCGUGA